AUGGAGGUCGAAAUCCCGAUGGAGGAAGGAGAGCCGCUAGGAGCAACUCCGAACGAUAAACUGAUCAUCACGAAAGUCCAAGAAGGAACCAUUGCCGAUGGUAAACUAAAAAUCGGUGAUCAAAUCCUCAAAGUAAAUGGCCAAUCAAUUGCUGACCAGAACAGCUUUUUCAAAGCACUACGUUUUGCGCCACCGGUUGCUAGACUUAGUAUUAUCAGAGAUCAUAAGAAAGCGGAAGAACUUGAGGCUCGUGUCCGCAUUCCUGAAGCCCGUGCGAAACUCAUACAAAGAAGGGAUGGAUUCGCGUAUUUUGUAGGAGACCAUAUCAUUGAUAUUGAUGGCGUCCCCGUUACCGAUAAGGAUGUUGCAAGGGAUUUACUUAUUAAAGCGCUGCAAGAGAAAAAGGAGGUGACCGCCGUCGUGGAACGUCCCGAAACAAUGGAGGCAAAACACUGGACGCAGCAAGCUCUCGUCACACAGGUUUCUCAACCACCUUCCGUACAUAUGAAUUCGGAUGUUCGUGCAAUCGCAUCCAAGCAACGCGCCAUGGUCAAAGAACCAAAACCGGCUCCAAAAUCCAUCUUGCGUCAGUCGACAAACACCAGAUGCAUCACUAUCAGCGAUGAAGUUCAAUCGCACAUCAUCGCAUCCGAUAACGAAGGAAGAACACUCAGACCUGUGAAAAAGUAG